UGCACAUUUGUUAAAGUUUAUAGAGAGAACGAAAUCAAGGCGAAUCGAAAAUGUUGGCUAGGGUUUGUAGUAGAUCGAAAUCUUCUGCUACUGUUUCUGCGAGAUGGUUUUGUACGAGGUUGGGUAACCGUCGCGGCGCCGCCAAGAAAAGUAGUAAGGUUGAGAAGAGUAAGCCUUCUUUGAGCGGAGGAACGUUUGGAGGAGAGAGUUUGAAAUUGAGGACAGGGUCUCAUUAUAUCAAAAGCUUAGAUGAUGCCAUUGAUCUGUUCGAUUACAUGGUUCGAUCUGGCCCCUUGUAUUCGGAAAUUGAUUUCAAUAAAGUAAUUGGUGUGGUCGUGAAGAUGGAACGGCCCGAUGUUGCGAUUUCUCUCUAUCAGAAGAUGGGAAUGCGGCGGAUUCCAGUUGAUAUAUACAGCUUUUCUAUUCUGAUGAAAUGUUUCUGUGACUGUCACAAGUUGUCAUUUGCUUUGUCUACGUUUGGAAAGAUCACUAAACUUGGUUUCCAUCCCAAUGUUGUUACGUUUAACACGCUGCUCCACGGGUUAUGUCUCCAAGAUAGGCUCUCUGAAGCCUUGGCUUUAUUUGAUCAUAUGGUUGAAACUGGACUAACAACACCCAAUGUCGUGACCUUCAGCACACUCAUGAACGGUCUUUGUAUGGAGGGUCGAGUUCUCGAAGCAACGGCUCUGCUUGAUCGGAUGGUUGAAGAAGGUCAUCAACCUAACGAGGUCACUUACGGAACAGUUGUAAACGGAUUGUGUAAGAUUGGUGACACUGAAUCUGCCUUGAAUCUUCUUAGGAAGAUGGAUGAACGCCACAUCAAACCCGAUGUUGUAAUUUAUACUGCCAUCAUUGAUCGCCUUUGCAAAGACGGACAUCAUAGCCAUGCUCAAAAUCUUUUCACUGAAAUGCAUGAGAAAGGAAUUUUUCCAGAUGUUUAUACCUACAACUGUAUGAUCGACGGGUUUUGUAGCUUUGGUAGAUGGGGUGAUGCUGAAAAAUUGUUGCGUGAUAUGAUUGAAAGGCAAAUCAAUCCUCAACUUGUAACUUUCAAUGCAUUGAUCAAUGCAUCUGUCAAAGAAGGGAAGUUCACUGAGGCCGAAGAGUUAUAUGAGGAGAUGCUCCGUAGGGAUAUAAUUCCUGAUACGGUCACCUAUAGUUCAAUCAUCGAUGGGCUUUGCAAGCGUAACCGUCUAGAUGAUGCCAAGCGCAUGUUUGAUUUGAUGGCAACCAAGGGCUGCUCUCCAAACGUAGUCACUUAUACUACCCUUAUUAAUGGCUAUUGUAAGGCUAAAAGGGUUGACGAUGGAGUGGAGAUUUUCUACUUGAUGCAUCAAAGAGGAAUAGUUGCUAAUACAGUUACUUAUAAUAGUUUAAUUCAUGGGUUUUGUCAAAUGGGUGAUCUUAGUGGUGCCCUAAACAUUUUCGAGGAAAUGAUUUCUAAUGGUGUGGAUGAAACUGGAUUAACAACACCCAAUGUCGUGACCUUCAACACACUCAUGAACGGUCUUUGUAUGGAGGGUCGAAUGCUCGAAGCAACGGCUCUGCUUGAUCGGAUGGUUGAAGAAGGUCAUCAACCUAACGAGGUCACUUACGGAACAGUUGUAAAUGGAAUGUGUAAGAUUGGUGACACUGAAUCUGCCUUGAAUCUGCUUAGGAAGAUGGAUGAACGCCACAUCAAAGCUGAUGUUGUAAUCUAUACUGCCAUCAUCGAUCGCCUUUGCAAAGACGGACAUCAUAGCGAUGCUCAAAAUCUUUUCACUGAAAUGCAUGAGAAAGGAAUUUUUCCCAAUGUUUAUACCUACAACUGUAUGAUCGACGGGUUUUGUAGCUUUGGUAGAUGGGGUGAUGCUGAAAAAUUGUUGCGUGAUAUGAUCAAAAGAAGUGUCGACCCGGAUAUUGUAACUUUCAAUGCAUUGAUCAAUGCAUUUUUCAAAGAAGGAAAGGUCACUGAGGCUGAAGAAUUAUACAGUGAGAUGCUUCGAAGGGAUUUAUCUCCUGAUACAAUCACAUAUAAUUCAUUGAUUGAUGGAUUUUUCAAAGAAGGAAAGGUCUCUGAGGCUGAAGAAUUAUACAGUGAGAUGCUUCGAAGGGAUAUAUCUCCUGAUACAAUCACAUAUAAUUCAUUGAUUGAUGGAUUUUGCAAGCAUAGUCGUCUAGAUGAUGCGAAGCACAUGCUUAAUUUGAUGGUUAGCAAGGGCUGCUCACCUAAUAUAAUCACUAUAAAUACUCUCAUAGAUGGAUGCUGUAGGGCUAAGAGGUUAGACGCUGGAAUGAAACUCCUCCAUGAGAUGUCUAAAAGAGGCUUAGUUCCUGAUACAGUUUCUUACAACACUCUUAUUCACGGCACUUUGAUUCAUGGGUUUUGUCAAGUGGGUUAUCUUAAUGGCGCCCGUGACAUUUUCCAGGAGAUGGUUUCUAGUGGUGUGUGUCCUGAUACUAUUACUUUCCACGGUAUGCUGACAGGUUUAUUUAGUAAGGAGGAACUAAAAAAAGCAAAGGCAAUGUUGGAGGAUCUGCAAAAGAGUGUGCCUGGAUCAUUAAUUGAAGGAUGAACGAAAGAAUUGGAAGAUUCAAUGCCAUCUUCUGUAAUUCCACAUUUCUACACGUCUACUAGCUUGUGCAAUUGAAAUUUCUGCUUUUAAUUAGUUCAGGAAAAGAAAACGAAAUGUCAAAGAGUAAUGUGAUGUUCUGUAAUGAUGAACUCGAUUGUUCAUUCAUAAUCCUGCAUUUAUGUUCAUUCACUGACUCAAUUGGUCAGUUCCAUUCCAUC